AUGCCCCUUGAAACCUUCCUUCCACCACCAGAGCUCUCCGACAUCCAUCUCUUAUUGACCCAAGACUGGAAUGGUAUGAACAAUGGGGUUUUCUUCAUACGUGUUCACGAAUGGUCGGUCAAAUUACUUGCAGCCGCAAUUUCUUAUACCACGGUUCACCCCGAUGCAGACCUUUAUUGGACUGAUCAAUCUGCUUUGGACAACAUCUUUGAAGACGUCGAGUUCUUCUCGAAAUCAGUCCUUUACUGCCCUCUAAGAUGGUUCAACGCUUAUAUGAGAUCUCCAGAUGGGUUGAGUCCAAACAAGGACUCCCCGGAUCGUCUCCAAGUACACCCCGGCGACCUUCUGGUUCAUUUUCCGGGCACCCCUCCAGACGAUCUGGUUCAGACGAUGGAGCCUUAUAUUCAAAUUGCCGAAGGUCAUCAUAAAGAAUGGGAGCUACCUGUUGAAGAAACUGCAUAUGUCAAGAUCGUAAAAGAGUUCUGGGACAAGGAGCGUCGACGAGCUGGAUAUCCAGAGCCGUCCAUGACUUGGAGUUCUUCAGAGCCAUCAUGA